CUUCCCCUAUUCAUGCUUUUCAUAAUUAUAUUCUUAAUUCGGUUGAAAUUGGUAAUAAAUAAGUGAUUCAAGAAAAGAAAUUGAACAGGUUCUAAAGUUGACUACCGACACAUAGCGUACGACGAUGGACAACAUGGAUAGCAAUAGGGUUACCUGAAUGACUCGGAUGACCUGAAAAAUUUGCAUGAAAGAAAUGGAGAAAAAAAUAAAACAUGUCGUGAGCAUGAUAAUAAAAUAUUCCAAGGAACGCAUAUGUAACCUGUUUUAAAGCAGCAUAAAAGGUGGACGUAAAUCUAAAACUGGAGAGAUAUAGUCAUAUGUUAGAGAGAGAGAGAAAGAGAGAGAGAGAGAGAGAGGUGUUGGCAGCACCACUCUAUAGUAUAUGUUGCAGGAUAUUAGAUGUCGCUUCUCAAUUUAGUCUUUUUUUUAGAUUCUUUGUCGAAGAAGGAUGGCCCAAAACAAGGCGCUUAUUACCGAUCUAUUCUCGUCUGCUUUAGGUUUAGCUUUUUGUGGUGUUGCUACGGUAACACCUGGAUUCUUUAUUACUCGGAAUGGAAGGAUGAGCAUCUUUUACUUUAACUAUAAGGAGUUUGGAUCUGACUCAUGGUCAACAAAGACUUACCUAGCUUAUGAUGAGGAGCACGAUACGAAUGGAUCCACUCAGCUCUCAAUGCUAGAUGUGCAGUUGGAAAGCCUACUUACUCUUGUUCUUGGUGGAUUCGGUUGGUUGAUUCUUUUGUCAAAUACCAAGAAAACAGCGCCAAUUCCACUGAUGUGUUUGACUGGGGGAAUAUUUCUACUUGUGGCAGCUACUUCUGAGUUAGUGGUUCUGGUACGAUUUAUAGCUUUAAAUACUAGUUAUAACGCUGCAGUAACAAAUUCAAAAAAAAGGUUCGAUAGCCUCGAGCGACCGAAUGUCGAGGUUCCGAUCUCCCUUAUUCUUGCUGGCGUUGGUAUUACCUAUAUUCUUAUUGCUGUGGUAGAGUAG